CGUGAUUAAAAAUUAGAUUUUUUGUCACUGUUAUCAAAUAGAGAGUAUUAAUUGUUUUUUCUAUUGUAAAAGAUAAAAAAUAUUCAAAAUAAUUGCAAAAUUAUUAAUUAAGUUCAAACCAAAUUCAAAUAUUUUGUAGUAGAGUUUAGAAUGACUGAUUCAUAUACUCAUUUAUCCUAAUAGUUUGAUGGGGCAUCAAAAAAUUUUAGUGAAAAAACAAAAUAGUUAAAACUACCAAAGCCUCCUAAGCCAUAGCCAGAAAAGAUUUCUAAAUAAGAGAUUGAAAAUUAGUCAAAAGGCUAAACAAAACAAAGUAGCAAUAAAUCAUAAAAUGAAAACAAAGAUCCAAGCAAACCUCAAACAGGUUCAAAGUAGAACUCAAAAAGCUAAGCAUAAUUGCAAGGAUCGUAGUAAUCUAAAAAUAAAUCAGAAGGAUAAAAUCAAUAGUCUAAAUAGCAAUCUAAUGUGCAAUCUCAAAAAAGUAAAUAGGAAUCUCAGUAAUAAAGUGCAACAACACCUUAUGUAAGCUCUAAACUUACAGAGAGUGAAAAAAAAGCAGUAAGCAAUUAAUCUAAACAGCAAUCACAAUAAGUAUCUCAGCGUAACCAAUCAGAUAAUAUGAAGUCUGUUUUAACAAUGUCAGAUGAUUAAAAAUCUUAAGUAAGUAAAGCCAACACAUUUUAGAGACCAAAAUCUCAAUCAAGACUUUGGUCAGAGCACACUAUUUAUACAGAAGAUCAAAAGGCUAAAAAGGAUAAAGAAAAGAAAGAAAAAGAUGAAGAAAAGUAGAAGUGGCAUUAUAAAGGAAAUUUAAAAGAUAAAAAAUCAUUUGAUUAUUUUAAAACAACUAGAGUAAGUACAUGCUCUUUUAUUCAGAAAGUGGGAGAUGUAUUGUUGGCAUAACCCUUUUACAAGGCACCAUAAAGAGAAAAAGAAAUAAAAUUGUAAAAAGAAAGCUUAAAAGCAAAUGAUUUUAAAGUUAGACCUUAAACGUGCACAGGUGCUUCAAAAAAACCACUUGAACCUUACAAUCCAAAUGCUGCAAGAAAUACCUUAAAAAUACCUGAUGUAAAAAUGCCUCAUAGGAAUAAAACAACUUUUGAGUUGAAUGAUGGCAGUGAUCCAAAGUAUAUGUAUAAAACAAAAAAUAAAAACAUAUAUGGUAACUUUGCAUAAAAUUAUCAUUCUAACAAUCCAGCAAUAGCAUCAGAUUUAGCAAAAAGAAUGCAUUUCUAAAAUGAAAAAUGA